UUAUUGAUUCACAAACCAAACAUUACCCAUCCAAUCAUCAAUCGAUCAAAUCAUGGACUCCUCGAAAGAUGAUCAAAAGAGACAACAAAUGCACUCCUCGAACCCACCCGAUAAUUACCAGAAUUACUCGGCUUAUUCCAACCCACCACCAUCUGCACCGCAACCGUAUGCACCGCCACAACAUUAUGCACAUCAACCGUAUCAGCCGCCGCCGCCGCCAUCUGCAGCACCACCGUACGACGGCCAUCCCGUGCCCGGCAUCCCAGUUGCAGCUCGUUCAUCGCCGGGGCCCUGGUCCACCGGCCUCUGCGGCUGCUUCGAAGACGUUUCUAACUGUUGUAUUACAUGUUUCUGUCCGUGCAUUACUUUCGGACAGAUUGCGGAGAUUGUUGACAAAGGAACACAAUCAUGCGCUAUAAGUGGAGUUUUAUACGGAUUAAUACUACACUUCACCGGCUGUGCCUGCCUCUAUUCAUGUUUCUAUCGUUCCAAGUUGAGGAACCAAUACGCGCUGGAAGAAAGCCCUUGUGCCGAUUGCUGCACUCAUUUCUUUUGCCAGUAUUGCGCCUUGUGCCAAGAAUACCGUGAGCUCAAGAACCAAGGUUUCGACAUGUCCAUCGGUAUGUAUAAUAACCUCUCUCCCUCCCCCCACCCCCUCUCUCUCUCUCUCUCAUAUGCACGAAUAUACGGAAGAUUUGAAUUGGUUAUCGCGUCAUAAAUUUUUAAAAAUAAUCACAUUCGAAGAAAUUAUGAAGAAAUGGAAUCUACCACCUAAGCAAUUUAUAAGUGUUCGUUGCCAGCUGUAAAGGUUUUGAAUUGCGUCAUGAAAAAUACGAGUCGAUAGACAUGAAUGAGAAACGGUUGACCUAUAUAUCUAAUGAUGGGGUCAGAGAGAGCCCCUCAAUAUGUUACUCUCUCCGUCUAAUUUUGGGAUUUCAACUUUUUAGGCAAUGCAGAAUGAUUAGCGCUAAAUGUUUUGAGUUUCCGAGAUUAUCGCUCAAAUUUUCUACAUUAAAUGAGAGUUCACAUUCCAAGAUGCAUUAACUUUUCAUAAGAGAGUGAACAUUUUAAGUCAGCUUGAAACUAGACAAAUAUUCGCGAUGAGUAAAAGUCAAAAAGUAGACAAACAAAUUAGGACUAAUGAAGUACAAUUUUUAUUUACACCUCAAACAAUCACGAAAAUGUAUCCCAGUGUAUGCUUUAUUGUUGACUUCUAUUUUUUUACUCCUUGAAUUGUAUAGGAUAUGAAGGAAAUUUAGAAAAAAAGAGUCGUGAAAUGUCGAUGGCACCAAUGCCUCAAGGAGGGAUGAUCAGAUAAAAGAGGUGGAAAUGACAUCGAAUUUGGUUGGUCGUUGAACUUUUGUGAUGUACAACAUAAAUUUGUGUGUUUCUUCCUAAAUAAAUUUCUUGUAUAUCCCUUUGACUUUUACGUGAAUUCCACUUUAGUCCUUCUUCCAUGUACAACAUGGCAUGUAUUUUUAGAAUAGAUGUUGAUGUGGUUUAUUUUUUUUCCUUUUUUAAAGUGUGUGUCUUGCAACUUGAACAAUACUCUACUCAGAAAUCAGUAUUUGAGAUUCCAUCUAGGAUCUCUUUUGUCA